UUUACACACACAAUAUUAGCAACAAUGGCAAAGGCCCUUGUUCUUUUUCAGCUUUCAGUUUUAUUACUUAGCUCAUUCACAGUAGUUCUUAGCCAGGAGGAAGACAUUGGGGGUUGGUUUACCACCAAACAUCAUGACCACCUUUCACCAGCUCAAGCUCCUAAGCCUCACAAAGGCCACCACCACCCCAAACAUUCCCCAGCCCCUUCACCAACUAAGCCUCCCACUUAUAGCCCAUCGAAACCACCAGUUAAACCACCGGUUAAACCACCAACUAAGGCUCCCACUUAUAGCCCAUCAAAACCACCAGCUAAGCCACCAGUUAAACCACCAACACCAACACCAUCACCUUAUCCUGCUCCUGCUCCUAUUACUAGGAAACCUGUAGCAGUCCGUGGCCUUGUUUACUGCAAGCCGUGCAAGUUUAGAGGGGUUAAAACUCUAAACCAAGCUUCCCCACUCCUGGGUGCGGUAGUGAAGCUAGUAUGCAACAACACAAAGAAGACAUUAGUGGAACAGGGCAAGACAGACAAGAAUGGCUUCUUCUGGAUCAUGCCCAAAUUCUUGUCCUCAGCAGCUUACCACAAAUGCAAGGUGUUCUUGGUCUCAUCAAACAAUACUUACUGUGAUGUCCCAACAGAUUACAAUGGUGGAAAAUCUGGUGCUUUGUUGAAAUACACCCCACUUCCUAAGCCACCAGCAGCUACUUCUCUCCCUGUUAAACUCCCCACAUUUGAUGUCUUCACUGUUGGACCUUUUGGUUUCGAACCCUCAAAGAAGGUGCCAUGCAAAAAGUAACUUGCAUGGGAAAUUAGAAAGAUAGGAAGGAAAAAUUAAUUAUGUGUUGAAGAAAGACGAUUAUGUACCUGUUUCCUGUGUUCUUGUUAUUAUUUUAUUAAUAAAUGAAGCAAAGAGGAAAGAACGUAGUUUUCUUGUUUUCCUAUUUUGUUUCUCUCUAUCAAAACCCAACAAGUAAAAUGGAUUUAUAAGUUUUUCUUC